AUGACACGAACCAGGGGCGCGAAGUCUUCAUCCCCUUCCACCCGAAAGCGAACGCCGCGCGAGGCACCAGUGCAAGCUUCGUCCUCUGAGCCGCCGCGGCCAGAAGCCGUCCCGCCACCGGCAAAGCCCUCGCCAAAAAAGCGCCAGGCCAAGCCAGCAUUACAAACCCCUCCGGCGAGGCACUACCUUACCAGGUCAGGGGGCCGGCCCCUCCAAAAGCGAGCUAAGGUGGAAAGCUCGGAGCCUAUCGAUUUAACAGGGCAAUCCCUUGUUUCAUCCCCUGUUUCAUCCCCAAUUCCAUCUCCAAUUCCAUCUCCGAUGCCAUCUCCGGCACCGCCUGCGAAGCUUCCAGCAAUCCAGCCGCCGCCUGCUGAGCCCCAAAUCCCAUCCGAACCAGCUUUGGAAGCGAUAAUCAGGCGGCCAAUUCUAGCUCAGCCUCCAAUUGAAGGCAAUUUGGAUUGCCGAGACCGGCCAUUCCAUUCGGAGCUAUGCUUUGACAUAGCUGCUUUCCAGUUGCGCCCGGAGCUUGAAGAAACAUUCCAAUUGCUGCGAAGAUACCGAAUGGAGCAAUUUCUGACCCCGCGAGACUUCUUCUACCCCAGAAUAGCAAUGGAUUUCUAUCAAUCCAUGACUACUCGACAGGUCAAGGAUCCUACCUCAAUUCAUUUCGUUAUUGAUGGUAGGCAUGGCAUCUUGGGAGCUCGGCAAAUAGCUGAAGCUUUGAAUAUUCCAUAUGAGCCCAGUCAUUUCGAUGACUUUAGAGCUUAG